AUGUUGACGGAUGAGCUUCGAUAUCCGCUGCGGCAUUAUUCGACAUCUUCAUCCUCUUCAUUGUCACCCCGGUCUUUGCCCAAAGAGUUUUCCGAAGUUUGGGAUGACUUUGCAGAUCCCGAAUCAUCUGAUUCGCCUCCUGAGCUGGUGGCACGCUUCCUGAUUCGCCACGUACUUCGAAGUAUGCAUGGCUGCAGGCUGAGGCGUGUCUUUCUGCUGGUGUGUGGCUACCCUCCGAAAGGCUCUGCUGUGGAGGCUGCCUUUGCAUCAUACGGACAUCACACCGUUUGCCUCUACCCUCACUUUGCAGCCGAGGGUGCGGAUGUGAUAGCUGAAUUGCUUGACUCCAGAGGCUUCGUUCCUCAAGGUGUUAUUCCCUUCGCAGAUUGUGGGAUUCACCUGGCAGACGAGAUGAACUCGCGCUUAGGAGUCCGGCACAAUUCGCCGAAGACAUCGUCGCUGAGACGAGAUAAGUACUUGCAGCAGGCGGUGCUGCAGAGAGCUGGAUUACCAGCAGCUUUGCAGAUUGUCACUGCAGAUGUCCGCGCUGCCCAGCAGUUUGCCAGAGCGAAUGGGCAGGUUGUGGUGAAGCCACGCGCUUCAUCGGGCGGCGAUGGGGUUUGGCUUUGUAAUGACGACGAUGACAUUUUGACCGCCUUCCAGCAGGAGCUGGGAAAAAGACACCAAGAGCUGCAAACCAAUACGGAGCUCAUUGUGGCGCAGGCCUUGAUAGGAGAGGAAUGGGUGGUUAACACUGUGAGCCGGGAUGGUGUGCAUAAAGUCUCCGACGCGUGGUAUGGUCCUCCCAAGCUCAUCGCGGGCGCUGGCCCACAACAUUUCCUUUACAACGUUCAAUACUUGGCAGGGGAGUCGCCACGGUUCUUGGAGGUGACACAGAUGGUGAAAUCCUCAUUGACAGCUCUGGGUUUGCAGGAGGGUGCUGCGCACACGGAAUUGGUGUGGCUUGACAAGCCCUACAUCUACGAGGUGAAUGCCCGUUGUUCUGGCGGCUUGCCGCGAGUUCCACCACCCACACAGUUGGAUGUGCUGGCCAUGAGCCUCUUUGAUCAGUCUGGCUUCUCCAAGCUCCCGGAAGUUCCUUCCAACGAUAUGACCAAUCGAGUGGCCGUCGUGUUUCUCAUCGGGCGAAUCACCGGAUGGCUAACAGCUGCUGCGCUCGAAAAGCUGUCCAGCUUGAAGACGUUUUGGCGCUUCGAACGAGGGCUUGCCGGAUGCGGUCCACCCUUUAAGAUGGUGCCAGUGACCAAAACCACGGGGCUCUUCUCCUCGCCUGGGGCUGUGGUGCUGCAAGGGGAGAGUGAGGAUGUCCUUCAAGAUGCUCAGACAAUUCGAAAGGUGGAAACUACCGCAUAUGUUGAGACCACGGAAGAGUCGCGCAAGUGCCCAGCUACCACGGAAUCCUCGCCUGGUUGA